CCCGGUGUUCAACUGCAACUUAUUUGAUGGACUCCGAAAGAACGAAAGACAAGAUUGACGUCUGUGGAAUUUGAACUCAGAACAUAAAGACGGACGAAAUGACGCUAAGCAUUUUGUCCGAUGUGUUGACGAUAUUGACAGCUUGCUGCCUUUGCCUAGUUUAUGACAUAGAGUAUAUCUUAUGGCGAUUCCGGUCUUUUUUUAAUUUUAUUUUAUUCAAGCAUAGUAUAUCUAAGACAACAUUAUCUGAUAUAUUCUGUCUUAUCUUCCUUCUUCUUUAUUAUCAUCAUCAUCAUCAUCAUUGUGUGAGAGAGCAGCACACGCCAUCAAAAGUGACGCUGGGGUACAAAUAUACGAAGUGCAGUAUACCCACCACAACUACCCGUCUUAUAAUAGUACACCAGACACAUGCAUCACAGCCAUAUGUGCGCGACAUGGUGAUCUCAUAUCAAGAUAAGCAACGCAUGACCUUAUAGUUGGGGCCCAGUUAGAAUUUUCUUCAGGUCAAGUAACCCAUCCCACACAAAAGUUCCCCGAAUAAGAAUUGUUUAAGGAUGAUGAACGAAACACUCAUCUUUCCAGAAGUGAAUUAUUCAAACUCCAAAGAAUCUCAACACAUGGCUAUGAUGCUCCCCCACUAUUCCUGCUUGUGAACAGAGAUGCACAUACCGUCAACCACUAAAGGACAUGCUCAACUGGUUAUGGUGAAGCAACUGACAAGCAAAUAUCCGGUAUUGAGCAGAAUAUUUGCUGUAGCCCAUCCUUUGCACCAAGACAAAAUACGCACACGUUAACGCUUUCCAAUCAGUUAAGAUCAGAAACUAUCAGUCACUACCUGGUAUUGCAUCAGGGCAUUUAUUAGUUGUAGUAGUCAUUUUAAAGACAGCAAGGUUUCGUUUUCUGGGGAGAUUUAAUGGUAAUUUCAGUCGAACAAUCAUCCAAAUACUUGCUUCUGCAUGAACAGUAACAAUAGUGAACAUUCACCGGAUAGUGCGGAUGCAGGGGAGAUAACUCAUUGCUCUAACCAUGAGGUGAAAAUUCAUUUCCAAAAUAUUAAAGAAAUAAGUAAAGUUUAUUGCUCCAACACUUGGCAUUGUUGUUGACUGACGUCAAAUUAAUGUACUCAGCACACUUUCAGGUCUUUCUACAAUGAAUGGGCCUUCAGAUUUUCACCACACAGUUCACUUGGACCUGAAAGGAGCACCUCCAAGGGUCAGCUAUUUUGCUGAGAUAUUUCCUUUAUUCCGUCAAUGGGGUGCUACGAGUUUAUUGCUAGAAUAUGAAGAUAUGUUUCCAUACCAAAAUGAUCUCAAAGAAUUGGCUGCCAAGCAUGCAUACAGCAAAGAUGAUAUACAAAGAAUACAACAAUUGGCAGAACAAAAUAAUUUGGAAGUAAUUCCUUUGAUUCAAACAUUUGGUCAUUUUGAGUUUGUUUUGAAACAUGAAAAAUUUCGAAAACUCCGGGAAGUUGCAGCUUACCCUACUUCUCUAUGUCCAACCCAUCCAGAUGCUUUAGACACAGUAAAACUGAUGAUUGACCAAAUUCUCUCAUUGCAUCCUCGCAGUCACCGUUUCCAUAUUGGAGCUGAUGAGGUUUAUCACAUAGGAUUCUGUGAGCGGUGCAAGAAGACAAUGACUUCAGAGAACUUGACAAACCAACAGAUGUUCUUUGUUCAUAUUGAGAAAGUUGUGAAAUAUGUAAAGUGUAAAUACAAUCAUCUGACUGUUCUCAUGUGGGAUGAUAUGAUGAGGUUUUGUGAACUGGCUCUUCUUAAAGAAUCUAAACUAGGUGAUCUUGUGGAACCAAUGGUAUGGCACUAUGUAACACAAUUUGUCCUACCUAAUGAUAUUUGGGACCGUUAUUCCAAAGUAUUUCCAAACAUUUGGUUCGCAAGUUCUUUCAAAGGUGCUACCAGUUCUUCUGCCUACUUGACGAAUAUUAUGUAUCAUGUCGACAACCAUCUUGCCUGGUUGAGUGUCAUCAACCAAGAGAAACAUAAAUUCAAGAAGAUCUGUGGUAUUACUAUAACAGGAUGGCAAAGGUUUGACCAUUUUGCUGUCCUCUGUGAGAUGCUGCCUCAGGCAUUACCGUCCCUUGCUGUCUGCUUACAUGUCCUGAAGUGUGGAACAUUCAAUUCUGAUAUUCACUUAACAGUUUCAAAGGAGCUGGAAUUUGAACCUACACUGCCUCUUAUCCCAGAUAGAACUAUAUUUCCAAAGUGUAAAUUUCCUGGGAGUGACAUCUAUCUACAAAUGCUAGACUUCUUGCGAUUCGAACUUGACUACAACGAAUAUAUACAUAGCGACAGACGUCAGACAUGGAUGAAUGACUAUAACUUACAGCGUGGAUUUCUUAAUCCUGCACAUCUACAACAGCUUCUUGAUGAGGCACUGAGAUUCCUACCAGAACUAACAUAUCGACCUUAUCCUGAUACUCUGACACUAUUCAAAUGCCUCUGGACCCACUAAGAUCUCAAACAUUUAAAAGUGUCACUCAGUAUUUUUCAAUCAACAGCAUUUUCAGUGUCAAUAUAAUUAAUUGUGUAAUUAAUUUAUUAUUUAAUAAAGCCAUCAGCUUAUCUUAAAACCACCAGUUCUUACCCAGAAGUUUCCUGUUAGGUUAUUAUUAUUUUUUUAUUAUUCUUGCUUCUUUUAGUCUGAAGAACUGUAAUGGCUUGUUAAGACAUUUUUAAGACUUUUCUCUAUGAACCAACAUGCUAUUCAUUUCAAUUCAAUAAAAUUUAUUGCUUUUCUA